GCCAAUUUUCAGUCUAAUCGAACUACCGCUGACUGCCCGUCCUAUAUCGUACGGGGCCGGCAUAGUCGCAAAAUAUCAAACAGGACCCUAUUCCGGUCCUGCUCUAGCCUCUUACCACCAGCACAUCCCAUACUUGGCUACCAUACUCCGUACCAAAGGCGCAUUAUUUUCCCCCCUCCAUCCACACACCACGGCGCACACCAGCCAAGCGCAAACCCCUAAAACCAAAGAGAAGGGGGGAACCGUCAAGUCUCACGUUGCUGAGCCUCGGUCUCAAGUCUUCGCUCUUCCCGCAUCGUCUCCUUUCUUACGGAGAUAGUCCCUUUUUCCCCACCCCGGGCCUGGCCUUACCGUCCACACCUCAGACCUCACCCAUUCUCACACCUUGGACCUGGAACUACGGAUACCGACUAUUACCUACCUACAGGCUACCUAUACUACGGAGACAUUGGCUGGCCUUACCUUACCUUACCUACUGCACCUUGACCUUGACCCAGCACUUCCGUAAAACCUCAACCUGGGAAAAAAGGAGAGAGGGCACUCGCCAGAUCAACGCCCUCGUUUCCCAUCUACGGAGUACUCCAUCCCAGCGUCAGCCACCACGCUUAACUUGUCACUAUCCAUACACCAAUCCCAAUCCCUCGCGUUCUCCUCUCUGCGGUAUUCGUACCUACAUUGAAGGUGCUUGGAUCGGGUUGCUAGGCUGGCUUAUUACCAUUUGCUACACCUCUUAUUCCCGUCUCAUCUCUCAGACUCUCACACACAUACCUGCCUGCCUACACGCGCGCAUCAUCCGCAUCGUCCACUUUACUUCGUCGGCCUUCUUUCUGAGGGGCCGUCUCCUGCUCCUGCUCCUGCUCCUGCUCGCCUCGGUUGUCCCCUUGAUCCGCCGUCGUCCUUUUCGCACAUCACCGUCGCCAAAAAGUCAUCCGUCGUCCGCGCCCGCCCGCGCCGCCCGCCCCGUCCGUUCCACUACACACUGGGCUGGCACACAUAACACACAUGUCACCAAGCGCGGCUUGAAAAUCUGCAGACAGAAUCCUCCAAGCCCGCAGUCCAGUCCGCCGGUGGCCAUCCAGAGACGAAUAGCUUUGACUAUCACGUCACGCCUGGACUCUCUCUGGCCACAAAAAAAUUAGAUCGAAUUGUUUGGAUCAUCGUACACAUACUUGCAGCUUCAGUCAAGUCAGUAUCUCCCGUACCUUUACCUAUUACCUACCUACCUUAGUUACCCUGCGGCAGCGCACAGGCACGACGGUCAUAUCCGUAGCCCGCAUUUCUCAAAUCUCCCCCAUCCACGUUCUUCCCAGUCAUCAUCCGUCCUUAACCAAAGUCUCGAGCUUUUCGUUCCCUUUUCCCUUUAAAUCCAAUCUUGUUGAACCAUUUUCAUCAUCCGAGUACAUACCACACCUACCCUAUACCUAGUGCGAAUUACCCUCUCGUCCCGUGGUCCUGGGAGAGAAAUAACCACCCCCCGUUAUUUUUGUAAAUCAGCCUGUUUCCCACGCGUGGGUGGUCCCCCUACUCCCAGCAGCAGGUGAGCAAGUCCCCGGCGGAAGCCUCAUUCAAGCAGCAAAGUCCAGUGUGGCGUGGCGUGGAUAGAGAGAAGGGAGAGAAAGAGAGCCUUGUUCGCGAUGUCCGACAUUCUCUUGUCUCUCUGUGUAUGGGUGCUCUCGGCCUCAUUUUCUGGAGUUCCUGGGCUUUGACUGCCUGUCUAAUCCCAUCAUCAUCUCGCUUUUUGGCUUUCGCUUCAUCAUCGGCAUCUCAUCCCUUCUUCCUUUUCCCCUUCCCUUUCCAGUUCCCCCCUAAUUACCUUACCUACCUACACUACUCCGCACUCCCAUCUUCAUCCACUCAAUUGUGGUCGAGGUGAGGUGGUUCAAACAACUACUGCCCUGGGCUCUGCUCUGCUCUGCCCUGCUCUGCUCUCUUGCUGGCCCUGACUUGGGUACUUGAAGGUGCCUUGGUUCUUCUGCCCACCUACCUACCUACCGCCCGCUCUACCAUUCUCUCUGCUUGUGGUAGCCGUAGCGUGGAGCGUCCGUCAGGCCAAGCUUGGAAAGUCCACAAGUACUCCCGUACCUUACCCUCCUCCUCCCACCUACUUUGCACUCCCCCACUCCCCUUGUCAGCCAGAAGUCUCACUCCCACGCUCUUCCCACUCCCACUAGCCUGCCCCCCCUUGUACCUUUUACUUACAGGGUUCCGCCGUCUACAUGUACAUCAACCCCUUGAGGCCUGUGUACUCCGUACUGUACCUCGUCUCGGCCAAGUACCUUUUUUUUCCCUCCUCGCUCCAUUCGCAGCCCUUGUCCCUUAUUCUCCUUCUCCUCCACCACUACCACUACCACACACCUCCUCUCCUUCUCCUCCUUCACGCCCUGCCUCACCAAACCACCCGCUUUCUCUUCAGUUUUUUUUCCCUUCUCCAUUUUCUGCGCCGUGCCUUUUAUUUGAACACCCGUCUUGCCUUCCGCGCCUCUUCUAACCCUCUUCCUCCCAUUAGAUGGCCGCUGUCUCCAAGACAUCCCGACCUCCGAACCACGAGCCAUUGUCAAACGAGGCCAGCUCUCAACCUCUCACACACAAAGCCAACCCCAACCCUACCAGUGCUAAUCCACGAUCCACCGCUACUACCACCAGCACCAGCACCGGCACCACCACCACCACUUCCAGCACUCCUCCUCAUUCUGCUGCUGCUGCUGCAACUACCACUGCCACCACCACUACAUCAUCAUCGACCGAUCCCUACCACGCUCAACAACACCAGCAACUCCAACAACAACAGGCGCCCUCGGUGAACCGUCCGUAUUAUCGCUCUCAUCACCACUCGCCUUCUACCAGUUCCCUCUACAAACUUCAGCGUUCUGGUGGAAUCUUCGGCUUCGCUGCUGCUGCCUUUGACAAGACCCAAUCUGCACUCGCUACCUUCUCCUCGGACCAGUCUGUCCGCCAUCGCGCCUCCAGUUCCGCAUUGGGCCGCGCCUCUUUGACCCCCGACUCUGCCUCCGACUACUCUGCCAAUCUGGGUUCUCAAGACAAAUACCCACGAUAUACGAGCCCCUCCAAUUACUCGUCCUCUUCCAGCAGCACCCUGAACAACAUAGAGGGCAAGUAUCCAAGCCAGGUGUCGCUGGUACAGGAUAUCCCCUCUCAGCCAUAUAGCGAGACCGAUCCGACCAGGCCCCUUCCCAUUCGAUUGCCGAGUAUCGAAAGCAAGAUGCACCAAACCUCCUCGCGGCUUCUCCGCAUGACGGAUGAUGACCGGCCAUUCACAAAGGACUUCAAGGAUCUCUACUCAACACUGAUUGUCAGCCUUUUGCCUUUGUCUGCACACCGAGUACGCUUAACACGUGUGGAGAACACGUUCUUAUCCGAAGAUGCGAUCAACAACUUGGGGUCUCUCAAGUUUUCUCAAUCCAACCGUAUGCCCGACCCCAAAGACCCCUCCAGGAUAGUUACGACGACCACAACGACGACUUUCUCCAUGGCCAAGGAUAUGGCACGCUCCAUCUGCCAAAAGUUCCUCGAAGCGAGAUUCAUCGAGUCGGCCGAUGGAAAGUACCAACAGGUGUACAACAUGAAGGGUUCCGUGUGGCAAUUGACGCCCAAGGGCGUCACCGUGCUGGAUCGCUUCUGCUCACGUAACGGCAUCCAGCAAAAGUCGAUAUCCGACUUGGUCGGCGCAACACUGUCGCAACUCGUCAUUCUCGAGCGGGACGGUCAGACGGACAAGCUCAUCACGGAUCGCGGCACGAUUGAGGUCAUUUUCAGGAGAUUCAUUGGAACACACGGUCCCAAUGUCAAAUCGAGCGUCAGCUCAGCCGAUUCGGACUCACUUAGCGACUACAAGGAUGGCUUGACUGGUGUCAAGAUGGCUAGCGAGCGCAAGGUGAACGGCAAGACGUACAAAGAUACCUUUACUGGCAAGGCUGCCACUGAUUGGUUGAUGGACUGCUGCACGACCGUAGACAGGCGGGAGACGUACGACAUCGCGUCCCUGUUCGUGGAGUACGACUUGAUGGAGCCCGUGGUACAAGACCGUGCUCAUAUGGCACAAUAUCCCAGCAACAACCUGUUCCAGCCCACAAAGCAUGCCAUCUACCAAUUGACGGCAAAGGGCAAGGAUCUGAUCAACGGUCUCGGUUCGCGGGGAAGAACGUCAGAAAGCGAGGUCGUCACACCCUCUCGUAACGCUAUCGCGCGAGACUCCAACACCCAACGGCUCGACAAGAUUCUCAACGAUGCGGCCCUUCGUCUGCUCUUCAGAGAAAACCUACGCGAAACACAUUGCGAGGAGAAUCUUUCCUUUUACCUCGACGUCGACGACUUUGUUCGAAGCUGCCGGCAGGCGAUUCGGGUCGCGCAGAAGAACCCCAACGCGAGCUCAAUGGACGGCAUCAAGGAGAUCAUGGCCCAGGCGUACGGGAUUUAUAAUGCAUUCCUCGCCCCCGGCUCUCCCUGCGAGUUGAACAUUGACCAUCAGCUUCGCAACAACCUGGCGACUCGAAUGACCAAGGCUGUUGGACAGGACGUAGCCAUGAUCGACACUUUGCAAGAGGUCAUGUCUUUGUUUGAAGAUGCCCAGAACGCAGUUUUUAAACUGAUGGCAAGCGACUCGGUUCCCAAAUUCCUGAGGAGCCCCAAGUACGAACACACCCUGAAGAACUACGAUUUCGACUCAGUCACUGGCGGCGGCCGCGGCUUGGAGCGAAGCACGAGCCGAUCGAACCGCAAAUGAACGGAAUUUUUGAUAUUACGCAACUCUGCUCCCCCAAACUCAAUAUGAGACGGCAUUUUUUUUCUUGCACAAUCUCGUCACAACAAGACCGAUCGCGUUCCUAGGAUCGAUUCCAUCGAUACUGGCACACGCAGGCCGUUUGGCAAUUCUCGGCACUUUCCUCGAACCAUAAUCUUGUGCAUACGUGGUGGGAUGGUCUUUGAUUCAUCGACGGGCGGUGGGCAAGAUUUUUCAGUUUUUUCCAACAGAGUAGCCCCCAACCGGGACUGAUCUUGGCCGCCAUCUUGAUUAUUUUGGAAAUGAAGGCGUUGGGGAUGGAACUAUUCUUAGAGGGAGACCCCUUGAGUCGGCGAAACUGACUCCGCUUGCGCAUGACUACGCCGUCAUCAUCACAUGCGGGCUCGACUUUUUUGAUUCCUCCGUUUUUUGGUUUUUUUUCUUCUCUUCUAAUUUCUCAUUUUGUUUCAAUCAUAACUGGCUGGGUGGGGCGGACGAUCAUAGAAGGACGGCAUGAAAGAGCGCAGUCUCAACCACGACCCCCGAGACGAGCUUACGGCGACGGAUGAACGAUUUUGUUCGUCACAAGAGUGGAGGACGAGGGCGAUUCCGCUGCCAAUUGGUAUGCCGGAAGUGGAUGUCGUGUGGACAUCACAAAGCGAGUAACUUGCUGUGGGAUAAGGGGGAGGACAAAAAGGGAGACAAGCGGUCGAGGAGCAAUUCUGGCCCAACUGUACAUAUCUCAGAGCUCCACGAACCGAGUGGGGGCGCACAACGCUCGACCUUUUCAACUCGCCUCCGAAUGAGAGG